AGCAAAGUAUGACAUAUAGAGCAAGAGUGUGAAGAACAAAUUCUGAAUGGUGAUGCUGAUAGAUAUUCAGUCUUCUGGCUACAAUUUCCAAACAAGUAGAAGAAGAAGGAGCUUCCAAACAGAGUUCACGUGAGAAAGAUAUUCAUAUCUUUGGGAAAUCAUGAGCCGCCUCUGUGCUUGUCUGCUGCUCUGCACCUUACUUUAUGGCCUGGUCUCUUUAAUAGGAGCAGAUUCCAGUAAAGAUGACAAAGAGUCCCGUGACAAACGCAGCAUUCCAAACUGGGGAUACAGUGCUUCUGACUUCUUUGGCUGGAUUGAGAAUCUCCGCAACCAUGCUGGCUAUGACAAAAUAGAUGAAUUAGCCAGAACCUUCUGGGCACACUUCCCUUCGGCCUCGAGGCUCGGAUAUGACAGCCCUGAAUCUGAGGAGUGAAGAUGGCUCAAGCAACGGCUGUAAAAUUUUUAAGUACAACUAGAAAGCUUAUAUCCCUAUAUCACCAGGAUGUUCCUGUAAGGACUUUUUCUAGGAAAAUGUUUUCCUAGGAAAACGACUCAUAGCAAAACUGUUUCAUCUGCAGUUUUGUAAUUUAAUCCAGUGUAUUAAGACAAACUGUAUAUUAUUAAAAUGCUAGAAUGUCCCCAAAUUUCUACAUCUGCAGGACACUCAAUAAAAAUGGUCCAUGUACAAUAAAGACUACAAGAUUACAGCAUCUUAUUUGUUAUUCAGGCUUCACAGCUUGUGCGCAUAUUUAAGUUUAGAGUUGGGGGCAGAUUUUUAUAGUUAGCAUUAGGGUAAGACCUAAAGUUAAAAGUUAUUGGAUGAGUGCUCAAGUUUAAGGGUUCAGGUACAUUUUAUGGUUAUGGUCAUAGGUUUGGACUUUGAGGGUUUCAAGAGGAAGGAUAGGACUUAAAGGUUGAACACUAUUAGGGUAAGAAUGAGGUUUGAGAUAAAGCUUUAGAGUUUUGUAUUAGAAAAGAAUAAAGAACUCAAAAACUAUAUAUACUGAUACACAAAAAUGCAACAGUCAGGGCUUAUUGAUUUGAUAUUCAAAUAGUUUAAUUUAAAUAUCAAAUGAAAUCCAAGAAAAUGUAAAAAUAAAUACAAAUAUAAAACUCA